UUUUACAAUCUGCUGGCAAGUUUAUCUAUCUUUCGUUUUUGUAGCCGGACAAAAUCCCAACACUGCAAGGCGCGUUUGUCCGCUAUUUUGUGAAAAUGGCCGAAUAUCAGACCGACAAAAAGUCCAGAGACAGUCAAAUGCGCGCAGCUAUAAACCAACAGCUUGUCGAAACUGGAGAAAGAGAAAAAUUAAAAGAAUUACUGCGCAUGAGACUCACAGAAUGUGGAUGGAGAGACGAUCUAAAACAGCACUGCAAGGAAAUUCUCCGCGAACGAGGACUCGAAAACGUAACAGUCGAUGAUCUUGUGAGAGAAAUUACACCGAAAGGAAGACAGACUGUUCCAGAUAGUGUGAAAAAAGAACUGUUACAUAGAAUAAGAUUAUUUUUAGCUCAACAGUCAAACUUGCAAUGAAGAAUUCUCUACAAGAAGCUGUUAUUUGUGCGUUUCACUUUAUAUUCUAUGCCAAAUGACUUUAAACUUCAUUCUCAAUCGAAUGCACAAUGCUCUUGUUAGUCUGUUGUAUACUUGGGAAAUGCCAUAUAGGCUGAAAAUUUCUUGUAUUCGGCAUUUUUCUAUUAAAAUAGUAUUUCUUAUUUCGAAAAUUUCAACUUUUAUGAUGGUUGUCUGUUAAUGAUUUCAAGGGCCUAGUUAACUGUGGGAGAGUGGGUGUAAUGUUCAAAAAAUAUUGUGCAAAAUUUGUACAUUGACCCCAGUAUGAGGCACAGUUCUUACGAGCUGCCACGAACAUACCGCGGCGUCUUGAUGAUUUAUGCUGUGACCACGGCAGCUCGCUAUGAGUUUGUGGCAGCUAAAGAGUCAGUCGCCAUGGGUUUUGGUCAUAGCGGCCAUGGUUUUGCGGCAACUCUAGACGCCACAAAAUACUUGAAACUGCACUUGCCCAAUAUUGUCCUAUUUGUACGCUUUAUCUGAUGUCAUGACAUCUUUAGCUUUAAUUGCAUUUUGCUUCUUUUCUAUCAAGUUUUCUAUUUGAUUUCUAGUAAAAUUAGCUAAAUUGUA